GACCCCUUGUUUCUUCCUUUUUGGUGCUUCAAGCCAUCCCUAUAUCCCCCUUUCAUUUUGAAGAAAUGAUUUUUCCACUUGUAGCACUAGGGCCAUAGACCACACACCAAGAGCACUGGGCGGAACCGUUAACAAACGAACAUACACUGAACAUGAGGUGUCUGUCUCACCUCCCAGACACCUCAACUCACCCCUUCCACCAGCGACACCCUGCAUCUCCCCAGACGCAAUCUGAGACUGGGUCUGUUGAACGCUGGGAUUAUCGCCGUGUAACCUACCCUUUCUUAGCUCCCAAACAUUCAAAAUAAAACCUUUAACAAAAGAACCAAAUUUAUCCUCCCACAUCUCACUACCCAAAAUAAAGGACAAUCUAUCAGUUAUGGAUAGAAUAUUCUUCCAUGUGCAUAGAGUAUUGUGACAAUAAAAAUACUCUGGUGGGUGCAUGUGCAGUUGUUUUGUGGGUGGAUCUGGCUUGUAUGAACACACUAAGCAAUCAAGGAAGCACCUUGGCCAAGACUAAAUGUAAACCAAAUGUUGGCUUAUGCAGGCGUUUAUGACAAGCCUUAUGGAGAACGGAAGAAAACUGCUAGCAUGGAGGUGGAUUUCAGUUUCUGUGUUGGUGGCUAUUCUGCUCACAGUGAUGGUAGUGCUACUACUUCCACUGUUGCCUUAUAUUCUCAGAGAUUCGGUUACUGAAUAUGGAAACUAUUCCAUUGACACCAUCACAAGUAAUGAGCACACUGAAGGAAAAGAUAAUAUAACAUGCAGUGACAUGUUCUACCUGAACCUCAAAACUCUAACAUGUCUGCCUCAAUGUGGAGUGUGGACCCCUUUCUCUAGUACUACUACCAUAACUCUUGGUGUCUUAUAUGUGGCGACCGCUAUCAUUGGUCUUGUGGCUGGUGUUGGUGUGCUUGUCCUGGCAUGCCUCAACUGGAAGAAAUAUUUUACCUACCCAACUGUGCUAAUGAUCUAUCAGAUAAUCUAUGGAAUUUUUAUCAUGCUUCUGGGUGUUUGUCAGCCCCUGCUACCCAAGGAUAUGUUGUGCAGCUCACCUAACCUAUUACAAAAUAUAGCUCACAGAAAGGCAACAAUUUUCUGCCAGCUAAACGGUACUUCUCGUUCUAUUGGAAUGAUCUGAUAUAAUUUUUUUCAUGUUUGUUAGGUGCGAUAACAAUGUAUAGUUUCUUGGCAAUACUAAUUUUGUGGCUGUUUCACUGUGCAACCAUAUUCUGGGGUGUGACCUGGCCUUACCACUACUCAGUUGAAAAGACUUCAGAGAGAAUAAAAUACUACCACAUAGUUGCAGUAGUUUCAAGCAUCAUUCUACCACUCGUUUUUGUGGUGACUGUGCAACUCAGUGGAGGAUUUGUGCUAAGUUUACCUUCAUCCCCACUCUGUGGGUUGAUAACUCCUAAAAUAUUUUUUUACACUUUGAUUCUCCCUGUUGACCUGACACUGAUUAUUGGUGUCCUCCUGCUAGUAUCAACACUAUGGAAUAUGGCCAAUGUGGUCAGUAGCUGCACUGUUCUCACAGUUUCAUAAGUAUUAUCAAUUUCUCUUUCUAGCUUUAUAGAUUUUCUGAUAAAACCAAGAAUUAUAAAAUCAGAGCAUCUGAAGUCAAAAUUCUCAUCCUAAUUUCUUACUUCUUCAUUAACACACUUUUUAUCCUGACGACCCUAAACAUUGUCUUAUCCAGUCAACAUAAACAAGUGUUGGACUACUUUCUUUGUGAAAGAGCAGGGAUGGAGGCACAAUGCCCAAAGAGUGGUCUUUAUAAGUUACAGGCGGAAAAGCUAACAUUUAUUCUCAGUGCUAUGUCAAUCACUCUGUUCCCUUGUGUUUAUUUUGUGUUCUUCCUUGACUUUCGCAAGAUAUAUCACAGAUGUAAAUUUAAGCAGAUGACUUAGCGUUAUCAGAUCAAUUUUGGCUAAGUACCCGAACCAUAUCACAUUUCUAUGUAUGCACAUUUUUACUGAUAUUGUUUAGAAAAGCACUGC